AUGGGCGGGCGGCCGGCGCUGCGGCGAGCGCCUCCAGCUGAAGAGCCGCCGCCGCCGCCUCCCGGGCCGGCCGCUCCGCCGGGCGGCGAGGCGAUGCUGCCCUGGAAGAGGCACAAGUUCGAGCUGCUGGCCGCGGCCGACGAGGAGCCCCCGCCGCCGGCGCCGGCGCCGCCGGCGCGGGCGGGCAAGGGGGGCUCGGGCUCGGGGGGGCGGGGGUGGGCGGCGGCGAGCGCGCUGGGGCGGCUGCUGGGCGGGCGGCGGCAGUCGUUCCGCGUGAGCCGCGAGGCGCCCACCUACACGGUGCUGUACCUGGGCAACGCGCCCACGCUGCAGGCCAAGGGCGACGGCUGCACCGAGGCGGCGGUGGGCCGCAUCUGGGCCAAGAGCGAGGCGGGCCGGCGCGGCGCCCCCAUGAAGCUGAGCGUGGGGCCGCAGGGCCUGCGCCUCGCCCCCCCCGCCGCCGCCCCCGCCGCCGCCGCCGCCCGCCCGGCGGGCCACCUGUACCUGCUGCACCGCGUCACCUACUGCGCGGCCGACCCGCGCCUGCCGCGCCUGCUGGCCUGGGUGUACCGGCACGAGGGCAAGCACAAGGCCGUGCUGCUGCGCUGCCACGCCGCCCUGCUGGCGCGGGCCGCCCAGGCGCGAGCCCUCGCCCUCCUCCUGCGCCAGACCGCCGACGCCGCCCUCGCCGACUUCCGACGCCUCAAGCGGCGCGCCGACGCCCGCCGCCAGCACCUCCAGCGCGCCGGGCCCCGCGCCCACGCCGCCCUGCCCCGCGCGCCCCUCCGCCGCCUGCUCCUCCGCCGCCCCGACGCCGCCUACAAGCCGCCCGCCGAGCGCGGCCGCGCCGCCCCCCGCCUCGGCCCCAUCCGCGAGGACGCGCGCGGCGAGCAGCUGGAGGAGGAGGAGGAGGAG